AGUAAAUUCAAGGAACAACAACACGGAGGCGUAUCGGCCUCACUCAUCUAUUUUAAAACGGCUUUCUUGUUUUUUUCGGACCAAACUUUUUUCCCAUUAUCCUUACAAAAUGUCACAACAAGCUGGUUACUCACCCAGUUUCAAAAGACCAGCUGAAAUCCUGCGAAUGCGGAGGAAGAGAGCCCGCAGCGAGGGUGUCAGUUCUGGUGGCCGAGGCUCCAUAUCAAGCCCGAGUGAAGGUGCCUCUAUAUCCGCCGUUCGACCAUUCUCUCCAGGACCCCUGUUCGGCCAGGGUCGCUCUGGACGGGGAGUGAAGCGGAGAAACCCAUUUGCUAGCAUCGAGAACACCUUCAGCAGCCCAGCGAAGAAGAAAGUCUUUAUUUACACUGAUGACGACGCCGACUCUUCGGAUUCUGUGAAGCCGGACUGCUCUGCAGGAGCGGAGGGAGAGAAGUCAACAACAAGAACGCUGCCAUUCAGCGAACGACUUCUCCAGGCAGAAGAACUAAGCAAAGGCGUGCCCAGCAAGGUAUUAUAGAUUGUUUAUAACAACGUUAUUAUUGUUGUUGUAAAAUCUAGCUUGCUACUGUACCUAACGCUAGCAGCUUGCUACUGUACUAUUUUCCAGCAAACUACAGUAGCUAGCCAACUGACACAUGAAAGAGGUAACGUUAGUUAGCUAAAUGCAGUGUUAGCCAGCUACUGUACACAGUUGUCAAAUUGCUUUAUCUGUCAAAGCAUCACACCUUAUGGUGAUUUCACACCGCUGUUUUGUUCUGAUCUUUCCCCCCUUUCUCUCUAACAAUAGAAACCAACUUCUCUGUCUGAAGACGACUCACUGUUUGAAGAAGAUGAGGACUUGUUCCAGGAGGAGAGAACAUCCAUACUGAAGGUGAGUUCUAUUCAGUUCUCUAUUCUCUUAAUCCUUAUAGACAUGCCCCCCCCCCCCUUUCAGGAAUCUCCAACUCCAUUCUUGGAGAGCUACCAAAAGCCUAUUAAAAUUAUAGCUAUCUACAUUAUAGAACGGCUGUGGAGGCUUUUAUUCCAUCGCAUUCAACUAUUCAUGGCUACAGACUAGGGGUUGAUUUGGGCUUUUGUGAGUCAACAUUUUAUCUUGUGCGUGUGUCAGAGUCCCCAGGCUGGUGCAGUAACCUCCAUAGCGCCCCCUGUGUGUGUGGAGUACCCUGCAGACUGGAGCCUGAAGACGCGUCUCCUCUUCACCUCCCCGCUCCCCUUCUCCUGGGCUGAACAGCCCAGAGCUACAGAGGAGGCCCAGGGUCUCACCCAGCACUGUAGAGGACAAUACACUACUAUACCACAGAGUAUACAGGUACUGUUUAUACAUGUUACACACAAACACACACCAAUGGCAACCAAGGCACAGGAGUACUAGUACCCGAGGAGCUUUACUAGCAACACAUACUCUCUCUCUCUCCUCUCUCUCUCACUCUCACUCACUCACUCCUCACUCACUCACUCACUCACUCACUCACUCACUCACUCACUCACACUCACUCACUCACUCACUCACACACACACACUCUUCUCUGUGUUCCUCCAGGACCCUCGGUCAUCUGCUGAGCUACGAUGUGGGUUCCAGCAGUGUCUGCAGUUCUGGCAGCAGCCCAGUCCCGUCAUCGGCUCUCUCUGUUCCCCGAGAGAAAGGAGAGAGAGAGAGAUCACUGCAAGAACGUCCCCUGGGCCCAGGACAUGGCACUUCAACAGAGCCUCAUGAGCGAAUGGUGAGUGGGCAUCAGAGGGGGGAGUGUGUGUGUGACUGUGUGUGCAGGUAUUAUCAAAGUUAAAAGAUCUUAAAUUCAACUCUGUCCUCGAAUCAACAAGGACACCAAACAUAUCAAUAACACACACGCACCCACCCACACAAGAUCUCGAAACACUCAAACACUAGUCUUAAACAAACCCCCCCCCCCCCCCUCCCCCCCUUCUCGCUCUCCAUUCUCACCCCCCUCUUUCUCACCCCCCUCUCGCUCCCCUCUCCAUCCCUCCCUCCCUCCCUCUCCCUCCCAGGUCACUGAGUCUGUCCUCCCUGUACAGUCUAUUGAAGGCCAGACUGUGUUCGUAUUUCUAUGUGUGUUCCUACCAGUUCACUGCUCUGUUCAGAGCCUCAGGACUGGCAGGGAACAGCAGCAUCACUGCACUACUCACCCCAACCACCAGGGGGCUCAGAGAGGCCAUGAAGGCUGACGGUGAGAUAAUAGAUACAGUAUAUCCUUCAAGUUUAUUAUGUCAUAUGCACAGGAUACACAUUGUGUAAACAGUCCAAUGAAACGCUGACCUUUAGGUUCCCUCUCGAUAAUGUGACAACAAUAAGAAAAUUACAAAGUAAACAAUAAAUCUAAUAGAAUAAACAUUUUAGUAUAAAUACAAGAAGUCACUCAACAAUAUAUAAUGUAAAAGUUGAUUAAACAUUAAUAUAUGGUUAUUCUAAUCUUGAUAGUGAAACCUUUUCGGUGAAAUACCUGUGCUUGUAGGUAUUGAGUUCACACUCCCCCUACUGGAAGAAAAGAGGAAGAGCAAGGAGCAGGGAUCAACCGGACACAGCCAGGAGACAGACAGAGAGGAGAAGGAGACACAGUGUGAAGCCAGUGACAAGGAAGACUAUGAUGAUGAAGAUGAUGAUGGUGGAUUUUCCUGGCUGACGGAGAUGGGAGUGCAGGAUAAGAUCAAGAAACCAGACAACAUCUCCAUCAAACUGCACAAAGAGCGCACCUCGGUGUGUUUAGACCACAAGCCAGAGUCGGUAGUGUGUGUGUCGGGAACGCACACCUUCACUCUCAUCAACUUCCUCAUCAACUGUAAGAGUCUGGUGGCGGGGUCUGGAUCACAGGCAGGCCUGCCCCCCACCCUACUGGCCCCUACAGCCUUCAGAGGAGCUACGCUACACUCACUCAAGGUGAGACACACACACUGCAGCCAUAUUAGGAGCCUUACCUCCCACAUUUCAAUGUUCAAUUAUUAUGAAUAGAAAUAACAAAAACAAGAAUUUAACAGCAUGUUGCCUUGUCUAAUUGUGAUGGUCUCUCUCCCCCUCUCUCUUGUGUUUGUCAGGCACGUAGUGUGAACGUGAAGACCCAGGUGCGUGCUGGGUACCAGGACGUGUGCAGUCUAGAGGUGACGGGACCCAUAAUGCCUCACUCUCUCCACGCCCUGACCCGCCUGCUCCGGCCCGCUCAAAGAGGAGGCUUCAGCACCGCACUCUACACCCACGAACCCACCGCUGUCCUCAACACACACACCACCACCAGGGAAAAGGUCAGUCACACACACGAACCCACCGCCAUACUGAACACACACACCACCACCAGGGAAAAGGUCAGUCACACACACAAACCCACCGCCAUACUGAACACACACACCGCUAGAACACAGGUGACACACACAAAGCUCAACUGAUAUCCAAGUCACGACACUAAUGUAACGGACUGGUAUAAAAGCCUCAUCAUUUGAUCUCCGCAAUUCAAAGUUAAAUUUGUAAUAAAAAAUAACUGAAUAUCCUUUGUACUUGUUUGUAUCUCUCUCUCUCUCCCUCUCUCUCUCCUUCUCUCCUCUCUUCGCUCUCUCUCUUCCUUCCCCCUCCUUCCUCCCUGCCUCUCCCAGGCUGAGCAGGCUGUAAAGCUGGAUGGAUGUGGUCUUCAUCCCAGCACCAUCCAGCAGCUCCAGGAGCCCUCUACCUUGGGAAAGUCUUCCCUCAGACAGCUCCACUUGAACAACUACUCCUACACAUGGAAGUCCUGAGAGCAACUCACCCUGCCUCUAUCAGACUGCCCAGAGAGAACUGCUAGGCUGCAUCCCAAAUUCUACCCUUUUCCCUUUAUAGUUAAAUACUUUUGACCAGAGCCCUAUAAAGUAGUGCACUAUAUUAGAAAUAGGGUACCAUUUGGGACACAACCAAGGGCCAACAUGCCUGUAGUGGACCGUACCAUUCCUACACUGCCAUAUAUUUACUGUCCAUAUUUGUCUGAAUAGACUGUCCAGAACCUCUGGGUAUGCUGGCAAUUGUAGUUUUACUAACCCCCUGGUCCCUGGACUACAACCCAAUGACUAAUGGGAAAUUGAGUUCUUGAUGAUUUGCCAUAAUGAGAUGGAUUUGGCUAAAGCAGACUUGUUGGUGGUUUUAGGCCCUGCCCUUUCUUAUUUUAUUUUUUCGUCUGUUUUUAAGUGCUUUUAUUUCAACAUAAUUGUUUUACAUUAAUGGUGACAUUUUAUUGGAUUAAAUUCAUGUUUGUCACAUGAUUUUUCUGCUUGACUUAUUUUCCCCCCCCUGACUGUUAUAUACUUGAUGUCAAAGUCUGAACCUUAAGGUUUUGAUUUCCUUAUUUUUUCCCCUCUGAGUUGAUUUGCUCUUGAGGAGAAUAGUCAGUCACAGUGUGGUGUCUUGGCAGCAGAGACACUCUGUACUGACUUGCCCCCAGUUAGUUUCAUGUUCCGUUAACGGGAAGCCGAACUGGGCUGCAUCCAGGAGAGCACAACGUUCUGAAAGCUGCAGAUAGAAAUGGAUUGUAUAGAGCUGACAUGGUCCCUUCUACAUGACAGAGGCAGGAGCAUGUCUAUUCUAUACUGAGCAAAAAUAUGAACGCAACAAUGUCUACCAUUUUACUGAGUUACAGUUCAUAUAAGGAAAUCAGUCAAUUUAAAUACAUUCAUUAGGCCCUAAUCUAUGGAUUUCACAUGACUGGGAAUACAGAUAUGCAUCUGUUGGUCACAGAUACCUUAAAGGUAGGGGCGUGGAUCAGAAAACCAAUCUAUCUGUGACCACCAUUUGCCUCAUGCAGCGUGACACAUCUCCUUCGCGUAGAGUUGAUCAGGCCGUUGAUUGUGGCCUGUGGAAUGUUGUCCCACUCCUCUUCAGAUGCUGUGCGAAGUUGCUGGAUAUUGGUGGGAACUGGAACACGCUGUCGUACACGUCGAUCAGAGCAUCCCAAAUAUGCUCAAAGAGUGACAUGACUGGUGAGUAUGCAGACCAUGGAAGAACUGGGACAUUUUCAGCUUCCAGGAAUUGUGUGCAGAUCGACAUGGGGACGUGCAUUAUCGUGCUGAAACAUGAGGUGAUGGCGGCUGAUGAAUGGCACGACAAUGGGCCUCAGGAUCUUGUCACGGUAUCUGUGUGGAAUUGUGUUCGUUGUCCGUAGUUUAUGCCUGCCCAUACCAUAACCCCACCGCCACCAUGGGGCACUCUGUUCAGAACUUUGACAUCAGCAAACCGCUCUGGUGGACAUUCCUGCAGUCAGCAUGCCAAUUGCACGCUCCUUCAACUUGAGACAUCUGUGGCAUUGUGUUGUUACAAAACUGCACAUUUUAGAGUGGCCUUUUAUUGUCCCCAGCACAAGGUGCACCUGUGUAAUGGUCAUGCUGUUUAAUCAGCUUCUUGAUAUGACACACCUGUCAGGUGGAUGGAUUAUCUUGGCAAAGGAGAAAUGCUCACUAACAGAGAUGUAAACAAAUUUGUGCACAAAAUGAGAGAGAAAAAAAAAGAAGCUUUUCGUGCUUAUGGAUCAUUUCUGGGAUAUUUAAUUUCAGUUUAACAUGGGACAUUACAGUGGGCUUUACAUGUUGCGUUUAUAUUUUUGUUCAGUGUACAUAGUAUGUUUCUAUAAGAAUGUUCUGCAAACGUUUGAGCCCACUGAUCUGCAUAGCUGCAUGUUGAUGAGUAAAGAGGAGCAUCAAUAUAGACAAACGGAUGCAAAUUGGCUACCUUUAUGCGCCGGAUGGCCAAAUUAACAGGAUUGAUAGAGGGGGUUUAUAACCAAACACUGGACUGGAUACUAGCAAUUUAUGUUAUUAUAAUCCUACAUUCAGUCUUGACUAUCUAGUGAUCCAAAUCUACAAUCAGAUCUCGAUGUGUGAGCCUGUCAAGGUUAUUAUAAUUUUGUGUUUUUAUAUUCGUUUUUAGUCUCAGUUUUCAGAUCCACUUUACUAGUUUUUAUUUAGUUUGUUUUACAAAAACAUUUCUAUUUUUAUAUUAUUCUCUUUCAGUUUUAGUGUUAAGCUUACCAUAUGCUUCCCAGUCUUAACAGUUUGCGCAUAUUUUACGUCAGGCCAGGGUAAGCCUACACGAAACACAGCCCUUAUUUUAAGUGUUUCUAAACUCCCCUAUGAGAAAAAUGAAUGGUGGAAAAACGAUUGGAAUCAUUUCCCUGUUUGACCGCUAGGUUUUAUGGGUAUUAUGACACCCCCACUCUAGGGCUCUAUAGGGUGGAUGGAUUAAUAGUCAUUUAAAGCAGCGCUAAUGUGAGUCCUGACAUAGACAUCUGCUUCUCACGGUUAAAAAAGAGGACAUCCCCUUGCCAAUGGCAGAAGUCCAACCCGUGCGCAGAUCCGUUUCUGACGGUUCGUUGUUUAUCUCGCCUUGAUAACCAGUUAUUCGGUAAGAACACCGAGCACCCUUCACGGUGAUUUGUUCUGUUGCCAAAGUUGAUAAUGGAGACGGUCAAGUGGACUUUUUCUUUUUAGGCUCGUGAGAUCAACGACAUCCACCAGACCCUGAACGGAUUAUCGUAUCGAUUUAUUGAUUGGCUAUGAGUGGGAUUUAGGCUACAUUUCGAAAAUAUUUGUAACACUUUUUACCAGACAUAAUGCCCUUCUAAUAACUUAAUUGUUUCUUUCCAGAUUUAUUCAAUAAAAUUGUUUGUUUAGACUAUAUUUUAUUAUUUUAUUUUUGUAUUUAUUUUUUACAGCAGGUGACCAAGGGCUAGACAUCUUGCAAGAUGAUUUUUUUAGGCUUCUUGGCGAUUUUGACUUCAGUCCAAGCUGGUGAGUUUCUUGAGAUCACUAGGCUACUACUUUCUCAAUAAUUUAAAACUCAUCAAUAAUUAUUCUAAACUUUCCAAAGGCGUGGGUCGUUCUUUGUUUAAAACUAGAGAUCUCUGCUAUACCUCUGCUCGAUCUAUCAUCAUCAUCCAAAGGUCUUGGACACAGAAAUUGAUCUGUAGCAUGUACAUUUAGGUCUUCUGCCUGUCUCAUGUCUGCCUUUCUUUCUGACUAAUCUUCUAUUCAUCCCUUUCUCCUUCUCUCUCUCCAUCACUUUUUUCCAUCCAUCAUCCCUCUCACACAUACUGUUCUCCCCCUUCAUUCUCCAUCUGUCCAUCCAUCCAUUCCCCCAGUGUCUGUGCCUACCUUCACCCCAGUGUAUGAGCUGAAGGUGGGGUACGGGGACAAUGUCACCCUCCCCUGUAACUUUUCCUCCUACCUGGGCCAGGAUGAUGAGGGGGAGGUCCGCUGGGAGGCCAUGGGGCAGGAGGUGGCCUUUAUGGAGGUUGGGAACAUCCUUGGCGAGGCCAGCUGGGACGACGGGGCCAAGGGGGCGGAGGUCAAAACGACGCUGGGGUUCUCCUCCCGGGUGGAAUUCCCCCCAGCAGAGAGGAUGAGAGAUGGAGACUUCUCAAUGACCAUCCAGGAGACAGUGCUGAGCGAUGAGGAAAUGUACGAGUGUAUCUGGCAGGGCCGCAAGACCAUCUCUACGGUCUGGCUCAAGGUUCACGGUAAGUCUGUCUGUUAUCAGGAUACCCAUUCAGAGCCGCAUUCUGUGGAUGAUGGAGUCGACCAGCGGCCAUUUUGGGUGUACUAUUUGGAAUGUUUGAUUAGCUUCAUUUAUGCUUAUCACAUGCCUCUAUCACACUCAGACUCUCCUUUCUACAUACUCUCCAGUGACCCUUCAUAACUCCAGAGCCCCGACCAUCCAGGUCCUACACUGACCUAUUAACUAAGGGAGCCGUCACAGCUGACCUAUACUUACGGGUCAGGCCUCACAGGCUACCUAUAUAACUUAACCAGGAGCCUACCGGCUGACCUAAUGCACUAACGGAGGCCUCCAGGCUGACCUAUAACUUAACCCGUAGGCCUGACACAGGCGACCUAUAUGACUAAAGGUAGGCCUACCAGUCUGCCUAUAUAACUUAAACCGUAGGACACAGGCUGACCUUUACUUACGUAGGCCUACACAGCGGACCUAUAACUCACCGGUGAGCUACGCUGACCUUCUACUAACCAGGUAGGCUACAGGCUCCUAAACUAACCGGAGGCCUACACAGGCUGCCUAUAGACUUACCUAGGCCAUACAGCUGACCUAUAUAACUUAACCGGUAGGCCUACACAGGCUGACCUAUAUAACUUAACAGGUAGGCCUACACAGGCUGACCUAUAUAACUUAACAGGUAGGCCUACACACACUGACUGAUCAUCUGACACAUUGAGUUUGUGCUUUAAUUUGUGCUCAGUGUUUUCCCUUUUGUAACACAGGAACAGAGAAUGUCACCAGUAGCUCAGACUUUACUGAGACUAGUGGUGCCAGCGAGAACCCAAUAACGUUCUUCACUUUGGUGACCCAAGAUAAGGAGGAUAUGCAAGGUACUGUCUAGGUGUUGCAAAGUUUGAAAGCUAUUUUUUCCCCAAUGCUUAUUAUUACUUACUGUUUUCGUUAAUGCUGGGACAUACUGGUAACAUUUCAUUACAUCAUUACAGUGACAUCAUCUGAGCCAAUAUUAGUGCAGACAGAGAUGACGCCAUCAUCACCUGACCCAACCUUCAGUGAGUGGCAUGUUCUAAACGUUUUGGAAGUACUGUAGAUGAAUGUUUGAAGUAGUCAAUGUUGAAUACUGUGCCCUCCUAUUCACUCUCUCUCUCUCUCCUCAGUCCUCUCCUCCUCCCCUCCUCCUUACCCAGAGGAUCAAGAAGAUGUGUUAGCAGUUUGGGUGAAGACUCUUCCACUGGUGCGUAUCGGGAUGAUCGCCGGGGUUCUGCUGGUUACAGCUCUGAUCUUCAUCCCUCUGCUGGCUCUCAACAAGAUCCCGUCCUAGACCCACAUCAGGAAGAGGGGUAGACCCAAGGGUUAGGGGCAAGGUCAUUCAAUUAUGGUUCUGGAGGGCUGAAAAACAGUUUAUUUUUUAAUCAGACUGAUUCAGACCUGGGUCUAUCAGGUGACUCGUGGCCAAUCAAUUACAUCAAUUGAUAAUGAAUUCAGAACUAGUAACUUUUUAAAGUGUAUAUAUGUGAAUAUGCUAAAUGAUCUUAGCCACGUUACAGCUACAGCCACUAUGCAUUAAUGUCCUCUGCAAUGCUGGAUCAAUCACUCCUCAUUUGAGCUGCCAGUGAGAGGUCUGAGAUCGUUUGAUGAUGUCUGAACUGCUACGUCUGUUGAACGCAUUGAAGGUUGUGUAUUGGAAUGUGGGAUUGGACUCAAGGCUUCAGAUGAACCCUUCUAUGCUGUAUCCAUAUAUAGUAUUCCUAUUAAUAUCGCUCCCUGCACCAGGAAAUAUGUUUAUUGCUACAAGUGCUGGAAUGAUGACACGGGUGGGGAGACAGUCUUCAAAUACUGAACUGCACCGUUUGAAAACACAGUAUUGGAUGUACGAUAAAUGUGUGUUGUGAGUGCGUGGCAAAUAAAAAUGGAAGACACUUUCUUGUCUGUAUAAACAACAAAAUGAGAGAAAAUGUACUUCACGCACAUAGUCAAAGGAUUGUAUCAUUUAAUGA